UUGGGCUCAGGAAGAAUGACAGAUUUUUUUAUGGAGGUUGUCUAAUUUUUACACUCCACCGUUUGAAAUCUAUGGAUAUUAGCUGAUAGUUGUUGACAAUGCUUUGGUUCAGUAAACGACGCAGCUAUGCCAGAGCCUGUUUCUCUGGCUAUGCGCUUCCCGAGACUAGCCUGCCCGGAAGUCAACAGAAGCUCGAUGUUGUUGACAUCCGACAGGAGGUGUGCGUCGCUACUUUUUAACACUAAGGAAGGACCCAGAUGCUAAUAGCUAACCGUGUUAACUUGUGCAGAGUAUAACCUUUAAUCCACCAAAAUGUCCAAACUAAAUUUGUUUAUAGAAUGUAUCCGUGAGACACUAACAACGGCAACUUUGGAGAUUUUCGGGGCCGUUGAAAAAACGUUUGCUGAGUUCCAAGACGAAAUCAAUAAUUCCAAGGAGGAGAUCGCGCGGCUCAAACGAUUGUUGGACAUUGUUACUCAACCGGAGAUUAAGAUACAACGAACAGAAGUGCAGCAGCUCUCUUUCCCGGAGCCCCCACAGAUUAAAGAGGAACAGGAGCUGUGGACCAGUCAGGAGGAAGAGCAGCUCCAAGGACUGCAGUCUGAAACUACAGACUCCAUAUUCACUUCUCUCAGUGUGGAACAUUAUUCUUAUCAGGAUGGUUCCUUUGAAUGUUCACAUCUUGACCAGACUGUUAAAGUGGAGGACAGAGAAGGAGACUCUCUACCCACCAACACAACUGAGGAGGAAAUCAAAGCAGAGCCUUAUGUACAACGCUCUGCAGCACCAGAACCAGUCAGUGAUUCUCAGCCCCUCUCUGUUGUAGCACCAGACUGUCCUGCAGCUCAGAGUUUGGAGGAGGAACAUGGAGGAGUGCUGCUUUUACAGAACAGAACACAAAACAAUGAGGCUCUUCCAAGGGACAAUAGACCACAGGGAAGUCACACAGGAAAAACAAGACAUCAGUGUCAACAAUGUAACAGAACUUGUUUAUCUGAAUCUCAUUUGAUUUCGCACAUGAGAACACACACAGGAGAGAAACCUUUUCAGUGUCAACAAUGUAACAAAUGCUUUUCUCUCAAAGGUAAUCUUCUUAAACACAUGAGAAGUCACACAGGAGAGAGACCUUUUCAGUGUCAACAAUGUAACAAACGAUUUCCUCACAAAAAUACUCUUGUAAGUCACAUGAAAACACACACAGGAGAGAAAGCUUUUCAGUGUCAACAAUGUAACAAACGAUUUGCUCUCAAAGGUAAUCUUGUCCGUCACAUGAGAAACAAUACCGGAAAGACACCAUAGUGUGAAUGAUGUAAUGUUUUAUGCAAGAACACCAGUUUGGUUUAUCUAAUGAGAAAUUCUAUAACAACCCUCUACAAUGCGUUUUUGUAGUUUUUGUAAUUGCAAUAUGGCAUAUG